AUGUCGACCGCCACAUCCUUCCUCCCUUACCACGAGCCCGGCAUCGUAACAAUCCUCAUCCAAUCCUCCCUCCUCCUCAUCCUCAAUAUCAUCAACACGCUCUUCGACAAGCUUAUAUUCUGCGGCCUGCUCGGCCAGGUAUUCAUCGGCGUCGCAUGGGGCACCCCCGGCGCGGCAUGGCUCGAUGUCGAGACGGAGCACGUGAUCGUGCAACUCGGAUACCUAGGUUUGAUCCUGCUCGUCUACGAAGGUGGUCUGGAGACGGAUUUCCGCUCCGUGAAAUCGAACCUGCUCCUGUCGGUUGCAGUAGCCGCGACAGGCAUCGGCUUCCCGAUGGCCCUCUCCUUCUUUCUGCGAUCCCUUGUCGACGCUACCUCUCUGCAGGCUUUUGCGGCUGGCGCAGCACUGAGUGCUACAAGUCUAGGAACGACUUUUACGAUCCUGGGCACGAGCGGACUUUCUAGCACUAGACUUGGCACUGUGCUGAGUAGCGCGGCUAUGAUCGACGAUGUCGUUGGGCUGAUCAUGGUGCAGGUAAUUUCUAAUCUGGGACAGUCGGCGGGCCCGUUUGAAGCUGUUACUGUUGUCAGGCCGCUCGCUGUGAGUUUGGGAAUGGCAAUUGCUGUGCCGCUUGCUUGUCGCUUUGUGGCUUUGCCUGUCACGUUGCUGCUCAACGGGAUGAGGAAGUCGAGACCGCACGGUGUGGUGAACAGGAUCUGUCAGGGGACGUAUACGGCUUUUGUCACGCACACGCUUAUUCUGCUGGGACUCGUUACUGGGACGUCGUAUGCUGGGACUUCGGUUCUUUUCGCGGCGUAUCUUGCUGGUGCGUCAAUCAGCUGGUGGGAUAGUGAGGUACCGCAUUUAGCUGUGGCCAGUCCUCCAUCGCGAGAGGACCUGUUCGCAGAAAAUCAUUCAUCGGGCUCUCCGGAAGAGAGGGAGGACGAGCAAUCUGCUCGAGAAGCAACGAGUGAAACAUCAUCCUUCGGUGGAGAUCGAGAGGUCGAUGCUUCGACUGGUAAAGCUAUCUAUCACAAAUACUACGCCAUCGCAGUUCAGCGGAUAUUGAAACCAUUUUUCUUCGCAUCUAUCGGCUUCGCCAUCCCCGUGACAGACAUGUUUACGGGACCGGUGGUCUGGCGAGGUGUCGCCUACACCACCCUCAUGCUCUUAGGUAAACUAGUCACCGGCGUAUGGCUCGUCCGAAUCGAUAUAUCAUGGCCGAAAGUCCGCAUCCCGUCAUCAACUUUGCGUUCUGUCCUCGCCCGUUCUGCCUCCUGCCUUGGCUGGCCAAGUGGGAAUUCCACAAAGAAGAACGAUACGACUAAACCACAGGCCCAAAACGACUCUCGGGCCCAAGAGCACGCUUCAAAUGAUGAAGUGGAUGCGACAACGUCUCAAUCCCCGCCUACUACCGAUCCCCUUACCUCGGACCCUUCUUCUCCCCCCUCCUCGUCUUCAAACAACAAAAACAUCACGCAUACCACGCACACCUUACCCAGCGCCCCUCCUCCACCCUCAAACUCCCCCCAGAUCCCCAAACCGCUCUCCCUCUACCCCGCCGCCAUGCUAGGCACAGCCAUGACCGCCCGCGGCGAAAUCGGCUUCCUCAUCGCCUCUUUAGCCGAAACGACGGGCCUCUUCGCCGCGUCGUCUGGCCACGAAAAUGCCAGGGCCGGCAGCUCGGAGAUCUAUCUCGUGGUCACGUGGGCGAUUGUGCUGUGUACAAUCAUCGGGCCGCUCGGCAUCGGGACGCUGGUCAAGAGAGUGAAGAGGUUGCAGUGGGAGAGGAAGGAGAAGGGCGUGGGUGUGGAUCCGUUGGGGAUUUGGGGGGUUUCUUAG